CGAUAGUCAAACAUCCCGGCCCGGGAACGCCAACAAAUACAAACCCACAUUUCAAUUGCGUGGCAAGGAGGCGACGGGCUACUUUGCAAAGACGCACCGCUCGCUGAGCCCUUUCCGCUCCCGCCGAGCGCUUCAGCGACCCCUGACCUUCUUUGGGGUUGAUCAGGAUGCUUGUCGGGCCAUGUCGUUCGUUGAGAUCGUCUGAUUGUGAUCUCUGUGUGCAAGAUGAUGUAGUGCAGUUGAUCUGUCCUGUUUCCUUGCGGACUCGGCCUAUUAUAAUGUUCUUGCAAGACUUACAGACCACCUUUGGACGAGUUGCUAUGGCCUUCUGGGUUACGAGAACACGCAGAGCUCGAGGUGCGCGGAGCAUCCACAAUGACAAGAUGUACAUAAUAGUUUAAUCAUUGCGCAGCUCCAUGCGUAUUUCUGCGGACACGCAGGAUUGUGGACCGAAAGCAUAUGUUAUCAUUGAUUACUCAUGAUGCGCUGAGGGAUUUGCGCUGUGCAAAUACAAAGGUUGCGGUGAGGAAAAUAGGUGCGCGUGUGCUUCAACUUGCGCAGAGAUAUUUCAGAACACGUAAACCCAUAUCUCGGUUCAAUUAUGCGUUUUGCUUUGGACGUGCGCCUGUUGUGUUCCUCCAGAAUUACACCCUCAAGACAAUAGGUGUGACUCUGGACAAGCAGCAGGUUCUAUCAGACGCAAUGGGCUAUGGAGAGAAAGCGAGCGUGGCCGUGAAUACGUGGGUGUUUUUUUGGCGAAGCGCUAUAGCUAUGUGGCGGCGGAAACGCGCGGUUGGUUUCGAAAUACACCAAUGUAAAGGCGAUAAACAAAAUGUUUUUUCGCGAAGUGCAGAGUAUGGCCGUGGGAAUGCGCGGUGUUGUUCUUCAAACUAAUGCAGGACCUAUAGUUCAACUCACGAAGGUAUUUCUCUCUAUAAGGCUUUUCUGUGCAUAAGGGUUUUGGUGAAAACGCUGAGUGUGCCAGUGGGGAUGCACUGUUCUGUUCUUCGACGCAUAAAAACGAGUAUAUGUUACCAGGAGCAAAAGAGUGUCAAGCCAAGAGGUAGACCUUUCCCCUGGAGGUCGUUGAGCGGAGAAUUCCGCGGCAACUCGGGCGGUAACAUGUAGCUCAUGACCCUCUCCGUCUUGGAUGCCGUUGGCGUCGUCAGCGAUGAUUUUGCGGCCUUGUCUCAACACUCUUAGAGCUUUCCUUCCUAGCAAGAGCUUUGCAGUGUCAAAGUGUGCGGCUCAUCUCUCACCCAGGCAAGGCUUUCCGUGACUAGAGCCGCAUCGUUCUGGGAGCUGAACUGAAUGGGAUAUUGCUGGAAGUGUUAUCGCGCAAACGAACUUGACGUAUCUUGUCCAGAACCCUUCUGCUGAAACAAACGGAGAGCUCUCUUUGCUGGGGUGGGUUUUGGCUUCUGUGUCAUGGACCUCAUCUUUCAGGCUCGCGUUGCUGUUUGGGCUUGGUUGCCGGCAUCUUGUUUGGCGUGGAGCGCGUGCAAGCGACUUCAUGACCCUGAUCUUGAACUCUCGAACUCUCUGAUCUCAGCAACGUCGCGCGGGCCGUGGUAGCUAAUCGCUCGACAACCAAUGUCAGGCUUGAGGUCAGAGCCUUUGGCGCCCCUUUGUUUUGGGCUUCGAUACUUCGCCACCUUGGUCUGGAGCGCCAAGGGUUGAGCUGGAGGGGGUGUGGCUGAAUCUAGAAAAGGCUCCAACCUGCAGCCUGCGCGCAGCGCCCAUAUAGCCUCAACUGCGCGCAGUGUACUUCCUCGUUUGCUGCAGAUCUGCUCCUCUGUUUUCAAUCUCGGAUCGAUCGAGCUGACUGCGCAAAAGACGCAUUCGCUUGAUGCAUUUGGGUGCUUCUACGAGAGAAACAAACAGCUCAGCCAGCCGACGCCUGUGGUGCCUGUGGUGCCCGUGCCAGGUGCUGAUGAAAGCCUCCCUGGCAGGCAUGAUUGGCGUCACAGUCCUUUGUGUGGCACUUGAAUGGGCAACUUCUCUUUCUACGCAUUUCAAAAUUGUAAGAAGCGUCAAUCUUGCGUCGAACGUGUUGAGCCUUACAGCUGCAAGACACCAGGCUUUGGGGUUCAAACUGACAAGUUUCCAGCGAACGCGUUCCAAUCUUUGGAGGGUUGGACUUCGGAGGUGGGAGUUCAGCUCGAAGACUACUUAUUGAAAAGUGCAAUGCUUUCCGACGUAUUCUGACCGAGUUUGCAAAAACCAUGCGCCAAUGCGGGUGCUCCAUCUCUCAGCUAUAGAAGCGCCAAGCCGACGAGCUGGUGGGCGGUCUGCUUCGCGAUGCGUUGCAGAGAAGGAAGUGACGAUGAUGUUGAGGUCAUGAUGCUGAUGAUGCGGCGCUGUUGCAAGCUGUUGGCGAAGUUCAACUUGUCGUUGACUUGCCAUGUGCUUUGAAAAUUGAAAAUAGGUCCGUUGAUCUCACCAGUGCUUACUAGUGAAGCUCGCAGCUGCUCCACAAUUUCGGCAAGCCAGUUUGUCGGACAAAUUUGAUUUUCUUCGUCAGAUUUAAACACACGUAGCGACGUCCUGUAGUUUUGGCGACAAGACAAGAUAUGUCGGUGCGUCGGUCUUCGCUGACAAAAGGGGCCACGCAGCGCCCGAGGCCUUGUGAGAACGCAGGGCUUCACGGAGGAUGAGAUGGACAAACUUGCUGACGUCCGAGUUGUGGACGAGGAGUACGAGUGGCUGCGCUUCAAGGAGGACUCGCCUUUGGUCUUGUACUUAGCCACAGUGGAGAUGCUCAUUUGCGGCUCAUGUGCUGUCACAGCUGCUGCAAUGUACCAGCGGAGAGGGUACCAAAUGGAGCACCCUGAGAAUAAGCCUCAGCAAUACAUGAAGGUUGAGCUAUCCAAAAAGGAAGGUGAACUUUAUGGUCUUGGUUUUCGGCCGAGCUCCGAUGGCCUCGAGUGUUUAGUGGUUGAGGAUGUCCGCGGUGCCCUGCAAAGAUGGAAUCGCCGAGCUUUGGAACCUUCCCCAGAGGAGCUCGUAGAAGAAGCGCUCGAGGAAGUUGGUCCAGACACAAAGCCAAAGCCGCAGGUGUCGUUGGGUUCGACCAUAGUGGCUGUGAACGAAGUGUAUGCUGAUGUUGGCUUGAUGCAACAACAGCUGCUGUCAAAGAGUCAGGUCACACUUUGGUUGACUGAGAGCAGAGACCAUCCCAGUGACUUCGAAUCCAGCGUUUUCGCCGGAAAUGGUUUCAGUGAAAGGACUGCAGAAGGAUCUGUGGAAGCUGAGACUGUUGGAGCACAGGCAGAGCAAGUUGGCACAGCGGACGCAGAUGACGCGGAUGACGCGGAUGCGGACGGUUCGAAAGCGGCGAAGAUCGCCGCUUCAAGUGCGCCGGUCGAACGAGGGCCACGCUUUGCCUGUGUUGCCAUGGAGGACGAAGAGCCUCAGAUCUUGACCAGCUGGGCUGUCUGCAGUUUGAUGUUCGGAUGGGUCACCAUGCUGCCAAUCCUGUUAAUGCAGCCGCAUGAAGAGAGGCCGCGGCAGCAGCUUUUUCGGCAGUUCUUGCUGAAGCCUAGCUUUGUGAUCUUGCCCCUGUGGCUGCUCCUGUGGUUUGUGGAUUGCAUCCAGUUGCUCUUCAUGUUUCAAUUGAUUCACCCGUUCUACUUCUUUCUGAUUUGCCAUAGCGUCCUGCCAGCCAUCAUGACUUGGCAUUUAUUCACAAUGCAGGUUGCGGAUGAGCGCAUCAUUUUGGACCAGAGGAAGUCGCGCGCAGUUGAGGCUGGAGAGGAGAACGUCAUUGAGGAUCCUCAACCAGUUUUCUUGAAGGAGUUGAUCAUGAUCAACCCGGUCGCAUUGGUCGGGUUGGGUGCUUCUGCAAGCAUCCCGAUUCUUUUGUGUUCCUUGUUCACAGUCUUCGAGACCAGGCGCUUGAAGGUGGCGCAGUCCUACGUGAACGUAAUCUACGGGUCCAUGACGAUCCUUCAACUUGUUUCGAUGUACUUUCUCUACCAUCUGCGAUUUGCGCAGUUGCCAGAGAUGUACUUGGCCGGCUUCUACUUCUUGCUCAGCAUCCCUUGCUUUGCCGUUUGGUGCAUUUGCAUUCUUUGCGCUGGGCAAUACGCGAAGAAGGACCUCUUCCUGGUGCAGAGUCAGCGUUUAGAGCGGGCCAAAGAACUUGCUCGCAAGGACGUGCGAUUUACGGGAACGAGUGAGCCUUCGGAGAGCUUGGUGGAUUGCACGGAGGCAUUGACCCGGGCAUAUGUCUUGAUUUACACCGUCUGAUUUGCGUCAAGCAGCUUGCGCCACGCUCUUGAAAUGGCCCUGCGCUGCCAUGCGGAUGUUCCAUGUGCGAAGGGUUUUCAAGCCGCAUCAGGGACUAGCUUCUUGUUACUAGUGCCCUUAGCUACUAGCAGCUUCCUAC